CUCCUACUUCCGGCAAGAAACCGCUAUCUGUCAGAAAAAAGCCCUCUCUGAAAUCCGCUACACGGACACACUUUUACCGCUGUUCUUUUCCUGCUGUUCGAGUAGUUAUUUCGGGAUAUAGAGCCUCUGCGGACACAGAAAGAGAGCAUGCCCGGACAGAGAUAACCGUCCCCGGGCUGCUGCUGCCCCCUCAGCCCGCUGAAGGACAGGAGCAGGACGGCCAGGCGCAGAUGGAGAGGCCGGGCAGGCUGCUGCUGCUGUCCGAGCUUCGCGUCCGAAACGCGGCGUACGACGUGAGCCUGAGUCGGUCCCUGCUCACCUGGAAGAGACGGACCUCCAGCUCGGUGCAUCACCCGUUCAGGCCCAGGUUUUGCGUCCCAUUGUUCCCGCGUCAUCGACCAGACCCAGGUGUGGGCCACGCCGUGUCGGUGUCGGAGAUCAUCUCUGUCAGAGAAGAGGAGGAGGAGAACAGCAGCAGACGAAGAGACGAUGGCAGCUGGAAAAAAAUCAAAGAGAGAGCAGGAAAGGACCGCGGGCCGGCCUUCACUGUGUUGUACGUGGAGAGGAGUCGGCACCACCGCUGGCGGUGUACUGAGGUCACCUUCACGUGUCCAGAGGAGGCGCUGUGUCAACACUGGGUCAGCAGCAUCAGAGAGCAGCUCGCAGCUAUCGCCAGCAGACCCAAACACCUGCUGGUCUACAUCAACCCGUACAGCGGGAAGCGUCGGGGGAAACGCAUCUACGAGCGAAAGGUCGCCCCGCUGUUCGCCCAGGCGGGCGUCUCCGCGCACGUCAUCGUGACGGAGCGCGCUAAUUAUGCAAGGGACCACUUGAAGACGGGGGCGGAGCUGCAGAAGUUUGACGGGGUGGUGUGUGUCGGAGGGGACGGCAUGUUCAGCGAGAUCAUCCACGGGCUGAUCUGGAGGACGCAGAUCGACGGCGGCGUGGAUCCAAACUGUCCGGAAGAAGAACUGAUCCCCUGCACGCUUCGCAUUGGAAUCAUUCCUGCAGGUUCAACCGACUGCAUCUGCUUCGCCACUGUGGGCACCAACGACCCCGUAACCUCUGCCCUGCACAUCAUCGUGGGAGACUCUCAGCCGAUGGACGUGUGCUCGGUCCACCACAACAACACCUUCCUGCAGUACUCCGUCUCCCUGCUGGGAUACGGUUUCUACGGCGACGUGCUCACUGACAGCGAGAGGAAGCGAUGGAUGGGACCGGCCAGAUACGACCUCUCGGGUGUGAAGAUGUUCCUGACUCAUCAUUACUAUGAAGGAACGGUGUCCUACCUGCCGGCCAAAGGCAUCAUGGGAACGCCGCGGGACGCCGCCCGGUGUCGAUCUGGCUGUGUGGUUUGUCAGCACAACAGGCAGCUGCUUCCAGAGAAAGCCGGGAGGUACGAGGUGGAUGAAGCGUCAGGCAGCGGUGAGCCCAACAAAUCCUCAUCCGGAUUCGACCUGGCGUUUGUUGAGGUCCACCGGGUGCGGCGUUUCCGCUUCACGCCGCGUCACUGCCAGAGCGACUCAGACCUGGACCUGCGGGAGAACGGCAAGCACCAGAUCUUCAGCCAGAUCUGCCGAGACCACCCGGCCUGCGGCUGCGCCCCCGCCUACAGCAGCUGGAACUGCGACGGCGAGAUCCUGAACCACACGGCCAUCGACGUCCGAGUGCACUGCCAGUUCAUCCAGCUGUUUGCACGAGGGAUCGAGGAACCUAAGGUGUUUGAGGAGCUCCCCAACCCCUGUGCAAUAUAGACCCACACCCCCGUUGUUCCCCCUUCAGACACUGGAGUCAUCGCUCUGUUUCUGGACCACGUCCCCCGUCACUGUGACAAUCACCGCGUCCUUCACCAGGAGGCUCCACAGGAUUUACCCAUCAACCAGUUGUGCUGUUACUCAAAGAUCAGCAGUAGGGAAGGAGACAUAACGUUACUUUCUAGGUUUGAAUAUCCACGAUUUCCACACACACCGGAAGUGAGGUGUGGUUUCCUUCAAUUGUCCUUACCUGCUUUACGUCGAUAUCUUCUGGAAACUAGAAGCUAAUUGUGCAGAAAUGGUCAGGACGUUGCUUUACCUGGAGAGUGAAGCGUCACCCUCACAGGUUGCUUGUGUUUUGGGUGACACUUUUGGUUUUGAAUGGCUUCUGGGUGUCUGGCACCUGAUUUAUUUUCACGUAGAGUAUUAGACGUUUAGCUUGUUUUCACAUUUUGAAUAGUUUUUAGUUACACUGAAUGCUCAGAAAGGGUCCAGGAUUUGGAUAUAUCUGUUACAUGCUUUAAGGAUGCCAGGCGUCUAUCGCCAGUCAUUCCAGCAGUCCUGUAAUCCUUAGGGGUCACGGGUUAAUUGGCAUCCAUGAAAAGUAGAAAGUAAAUCCCCUUCACAUGGUGUGUACUUAAAGGGGAAAAUAGUGCUGACAGAUUUAUGUUCCACUGUUGAACUUUCCUUUUCCUUUCGGCUUCUCAAUCCUUCGUGUUUCCGUCGUUUUUCAGGAAAACCUGAGCUCAUUCUUAACUAUUAAAAAAAUUCUAUUUUUACAUAUUUGAAUUCUCAGCAAUUUAG